ACUUUGAACCGGUGUCAACAAACAACAACAACAAUAUUUUCGUCCUAGCUGCACCGCCUUGGCAACCACAUGUCCAACAGCCUCGGUACUGGCGAAUUAAACCCGAGGAGACUGAGACACGAGCUCUUUCUAACAUCCACAAAUCCAGUUUUCUUCUUUGUUUUUGGUCGUCACAGUUGACUCCUCAGAGGGUUGUGGCUGUCCCGGGACACUGGUGCUUGGCUGUAGCCCGGGUGAGGCUAACCCCUAACCGAGGCUAACCGAGGCUAACCUUCCAGGCUCCCACACGGGCGAAAGGGACGGUUUCCACGACGUCCUCCGGCUGUAAACUCGGCGUCGGAGCGGCAGCAGCCUCCCCGUUAGGAGGAGGUAUCUGCAGUCACUGGGGUGCUGGAGCUAUGACUGCAUUGGCGGGGUCAAUACCCAGGAUGAUGCGACCCACGCUGGCUCAGAACUACCCCCGCAGUGGUUUCCCUCUGGAAGUGUCGACCCCGUUGGGACAAGGCCGAGUGAACCAGCUCGGAGGAGUUUUCAUAAAUGGCAGACCCUUGCCCAACCACAUCCGACAUAAAAUCGUGGAGAUGGCCCACCACGGCAUCAGGCCGUGUGUCAUCUCCCGACAGCUCCGGGUCUCCCACGGCUGUGUGUCCAAAAUCCUGUGCCGGUACCAGGAGACCGGCUCCAUCAGACCCGGGGCCAUCGGUGGCAGCAAACCCAAGCAGGGAACAACGCCGGACGUAGAGAAGAGAAUAGAAGAAUACAAGCGGGAAAACCCGGGUAUGUUUAGCUGGGAGAUUCGGGAUAAAUUACUGAAGGAUGGGAUAUGUGACCGCAACAACGUUCCUUCAGUGAGCUCCAUCAGUCGCAUCAUGCGGAGUAAGUUCGGGGGAAAAGGCGACGAAGAGGAGGAUGAAGAUGAAAUCGAGAAGAAAGAGAUGGAGGACAACGACCGGAGGGCCAAACACAGCAUCGAAGGCAUCUUGGGAGACAGAUCAAGUCACUCAGACGAGGGUUCGGACGUAGAGUCGGAGCCUGAUCUGCCGCUUAAGAGGAAGCAGCGGCGCAGUCGGACCACCUUCACGGCAGAGCAGCUGGAGGAGCUGGAGAGGGCCUUCGAGAGGACCCACUACCCCGACAUCUACACCAGGGAGGAGCUCGCCCAGAGGGCCAAACUCACAGAGGCCAGGGUUCAGGUUUGGUUCAGCAACAGGCGGGCGAGGUGGAGGAAGCAAGCAGGAGCCAAUCAACUGAUGGCAUUUAAUCACCUGAUCCCAGGGGGUUUCCCACCUUCAGCCAUGUCAAGCAUCCCCCCUUACCAGCUCUCUGACAGCACCUACCCCCCCUCAUCUAUAGCACAAGUGUCGGAGCCCCCGAGCACGGUGCAUCGCCCCCAGCCUCUCCCUCCCUCCUCGGGCCACCAAGCCUCCGGAGGUGGAGGGCAGGGAGAAGGAGGAUCCGCCUACUGCCUCGCCUCAGGACGCCACUCCUUCUCAGGCUACUCGGACAGCUUUGUGAGCCCCGGAGGACCGGCCAAUCCCAUGAACCCCGCCAUAGGAAACGGACUCUCUCCACAGGUGAUGGGUCUGCUGAACCCGGGCGGUGUGCCACAUCAGCCCCAAAGCGAUUACGCCAUCUCCCCUCUGACGGGCGGCCUCGAGCCCCCUGCUGGCAUGGCGGCCAGCUGCAGCCAGCGCAUGGACCACAUCAAGGGCCUGGAGGGUCUCACCAGUGUUCCCUCCAUGUCAGCUCUGCCCUCCCUGCCCAGCUCCCAGUCCUACUGUACCCCCUCCUACAGCUCACCGGGCUACACCGUCGACCACGUGGCGUCCUACCAGUACGGCCAGUACGGACAAAGUAAGGUGCCCUUCCUUAUUUGAGGCCUGAAAUCACCUGAUCGUGAGCUCCGGUCUUCACAGAGGGACAUUUGUGUGUACAGCGAUGGAAAUCUUUAAAUAUCCGGACCAAAAUUUUGUCACCAUUUACCAGAACACAUUCUCUACUGCAGGACAUUAUAUUAUUGAUUCUGGGUGGAGAAAUGGACAAAUAAAAGAAGGGACCACAAGAAGGAAUAUCAGACCAAAAACUGUUGAUUGACUGUGAACAUUGCUGCAUCAGUAUUGCAGAUGACCGGCAGUGAUGUCAGUGCUUAACGUGGUUAGCUCGGUGGAGUUCUGACCAUCUGCAGUGCCAUGAAGAGGCACUUUCCAAACACCAUUCUCUGACUUGCCUUUGGAGUCUUUGUGAGGACAGCAAACCCAAAUCUACCAUCACAGACUACCAGCCUUUGAGCCGACGCUUGAAGGAGCAUGUUUACAUAUCUUAGGGCCACAUGAGUGCAUAUGAAAUCCCAUGUAUGUCCAAAUUAAUCCCCAAAUUGUAUCCACUGAAAGGGGAAAAGAAAAGGGCUUUGUUGAUUUUAUUGCAUUUAUUUGAGAUCUCUGCAUCCCACACAUGGAGAGAAAUUCCAGAGGCAGAGAAAACAAACGUGAGCAAACGAAUCUGUGGGUCUUAUUGUAUCAGAAACCCUAAUGUACACCACAGCUGUACUGCAGAGAAAGUUCAUUCAAACAUUCCUCCUCCCCCUCUUGUCUCUCCCUCUCACCCCUUUUGCCUUUCUGUCUUACUCCUUCUGUCUCAUUGAUGUUUCAGACGGUGAGGCAGGGAUCCCGGCCUUUUGUAGUUUUAGAGAGGAACUCGGAGGAGGUCAGGGGGCGACUUUAGGGAAAGUGACAGAUGAGAGAGCAGUAGAGGAGGGCGGCGGAGAAGUGGCUUU